GUUUUCAAUGCAGAACACAUCUUAUUAUUUGGUGCGUCAUGCCCGAAGGAAUUGCCGGUACAGAGCGUCACAUCCACACUCACCAUCACGUUGUUGUGCAACAGCCAGAUCAACGAUGUUCGGCUUCUCAUUCGACGUGAGCAUCCCUCCGGUGAAUGCAUGUACUUUUUCAACUCCAUCCGGUGCGCUGGCAAAGGCAAUUCGUUUGGGCAGAAAGAUGGAUCAGAGGGCAGCGUCACGCGAGACGCAUCUCCCGUGCGCCAUGCGGAAAUACAGGCUGUGCAAAGCGCCUUUAUGGGGACCAUGGAAUCUGGCCAGCGUGUCAAGACCGAGCAACGUAUCAGCAGUCGAGAGUAUGCCACUCUGAUUUGUAACCGCGACGCACAAAGGCAUGAUGUCGUUUUGAAUGCUGUUCAGUUUAUCCACGACGAUGCGAGGUACGAGGUGACCACCAUCGUAGAGCCGCCAUGGGCAGCGGGAAAACAGGCAUUGACGCUGGAGUGUGACGACCAAGAAAAUGCGACAUUCCCGUCGUUUGUCAAAGUGGACCGCGAGGUGCCGAUUGACAGUCUCUCGACCGCUUUCCUGAUAUCCCACACGGAGAUGGGGCCGCUUUACACAUCACUUGUCUACGCCCCCGUUUUUACGCGCGGCAUCUUGACGAGAGGAACACGUGCGGAUGCGGACGGCAGCUGUGCCACAAGCGACAGCGGCCACCGGACCCCGCGAGCCUCGAAGCGGGAUGUUGAGGAUGAAGCGGAUGAGAAGAAAAAGUUGAUGAAGAGAAAGAAAAAGAAACGCGUUAAGCACACUGCCGUGACGGAUGAGGACGAGUCGUUGCCUCUGCAGAAAGCAGAGAAGAAGGCGGAUUUUACCGCCACUGUGGUAGAGGCAGUGGACGCAAGGGAAAUCCCCCCAAAUCUUCCCAGUCAGUCCAACUUGGGGCCAACUGACGACACACCGAACUCACCACCAGUACCUUCAGCAUCAACAACUCCUCCUUUGCCCAGCGGUCCUCCCACCGCAAACCCUCGCGGGGCGAUGACGGGGAUGCACUAA